AUGCAGCUUCAAGAAAAUCAGGUAAACAAGCCAAAUGAACGAGAAGUUGCGACAAUAACAACAAUUGAAAGCCAAGAGGUAAUUUUGUGCGAAAUAUUAUACCUCACUGUUUGUACCUGCCAUAACUUUUUGAGCCAUUUUUCCUUUUAGGGCAAAGUUGAAGCUUCUAGCUUCCAUAUUAUAGAGAAAGCAUUUGGAGCAACACCUGAAGCAGAACCAGUCAAAACGAGAUCAGUCGAGCAUAUAGAAUUCCACACUGGAGCAGAGGGAAACAAGAGCACCAAACAAACUAUCUUCAAAGAAAAGAUAGAGGCGAAUGAAAUAGAACUUGUCAGCGAUCCAGUAAGAGAAAUCCACAAUGUAGGAGAGGAAAAACGAAGACAAGAAGAUUCAUGUACGGGAAUUGAAGAGAACAGUGGUACACCGUUAAAUGGAUCCGAGAUACCACCAGAGGAUGCGGACAAUGAGAAAAACAACACAAAAGAAGAGGAAGCUUCCGAAAACAUCAAUAUUAGAUAUUCAAUGUCAAAAACAAAAGUUGAGGAAGUUGAGAUGGAAGCAGAACUUGAGGAAGAGGCAUUUAAAAGGAAGCCAACGGAUGUAGACAAUAGAACUGCAAAAUCAGAAGAGACUGAAGAAAGAGGCGCUCCAAAUCAAGAGGUAUUUUAGGAAAAUAAGCUAAUGUACACAUGGCAUGCGCAAUAUGUUUCUUCUAAUCUGAAGGUCAUAUGUUUGACAGAUCAAAUCUGAUUUGAUUCUACAAGACAAUCGGAGAAAAAUAGAAAAUGAAUCUGGAACCACUACUUUAGCAAAAGUUGAAACACAAGAGGUACUUCAAGAGGUGUUGUAGAAGAAAUAUUAAACCUCACUAUUCAUAUCAUCAUUAACGUUUUUUAUCACUUUCUUUCUCUGGACAGGUCAAAGUUUCCACCUUCCAAACAGUAGAGAAAACAUUUGAAACAACAAUGUCAACAGAACCAAUCAAAAUUGAAGUAUUAGAGGAUACUGGACUUCAUCACAAAUCAGAAGAAAAUCAGACAGAUGAACAUAAUAUCUUGGUAGAAGAAAUGAUGGCUAAAAACCCUGACGACCAAGAAUCCAUUGAUGAACCAGGAAGGUUCAACAUUCGCAUUGUAGAAGAGGAAAAAGGACAAAAAUCUUCUCAUACGAUGAUGAAACGAGAAAGCUUUGAGGACAUAAUAGAAGCAAAACUUGAGGAGGAGGCAUGUAAAAACAAGCCCAAAGAUCUGGAAGAGACUAAUGACAUUGUACAAGCAACGAAUCCUAAUGAAAAGGUGAGUAAAUAAUUUAACCAAAUGUAUCCGAAUGGAGGCCAGAAUUGUUUUCCCUAAUGCAACUCUGUUUGAUAGGUUGAAACUGGCUUAAUUCCCAAACUAGAAGACACAAAAGCAACAACUGACCAGCAAUGUGGCAAAGACAUGUUAGAGACUGAAACUCCAGGUAGAAAGAAUAUCUUAGAAGAGGAUCACAACUGUGAAAGUGCUGAACUUAGAAAGGUCAGAAACUUCAAAUCUUCAAUUCUUGCACAAUUCAUAUGUUUCUCAAUUUAUCAACCCCGUCAAAAUCUGCCAUUGCCUUCUUUAAUAUCAAGUAGUAUUAUUGGUGCGUGGUAAUUGCAGAUUCAAGGCACUGCUAAUCUGGAACCAGACCUAACAUCUGUGAAGCUACAAAACAAUCAGAGAAGCACAGAAAACGAUUCAAAUAUCACACCAGCAAGAGUCGAAGACCAAGAGGUAGUUCACUAUUAUCAACGCAUUAAACAUCACUCUUUAUGACUUUCUAAAGUUUUUAUGCCAUUCAUCUCUCUUGGAUAGGUUGAAGCUUAUUAUAAUAUUCAAACCAUGGAAGAAAAUUCUGAAGCAGAGACUGCAACAGACCUGCAUAAUAUUCUGGAAGAAAAGAACCCAAAACAAUGUGGCAAACCAGAAACAACUGAUAAACUAGGAAGUACUGACAUCAGCAAUGCAGAGGAGGAAGCAAGAGAAGAAAAUCCGUCCACAAACAUGGAAGAGAGCACUAGUGCAACGUCAAAAUCACUCAACAUACCUACUGAGGAUGUGAACAUAGAGGACAAAAGCGUAAAGGUAGAGAGAGAUUCCAAGGAAAUUUGUAGCACAAACAUUGAGCAUCCAACAUUUGAACAAAGUUCCGAAGAAGUUGAAACAGAAGCCAAACAUGGAACAAGGGCAUGUGAAAACAUCCCCACAGAUCUAGAUGGGCCUGAGAAGGCAAACAACAUUGUAGAAACAGAGGCUGAAAGUAACAGCAACGACCAACAAGAAAGAACAGUCACAGAAGAAUCAACAAAGACACAAAAGCCUUGUGGUCAGGAUGAAGAACGGGCCAGACAAUUAGAGACUGCUGAACAAACAAAUCCAAAUGAAGAGGUCGAAUUGGUACAAAAAAUUGUUGUUUAUUGUUAUGUUGAGUUUCUAGCUGAAUUAUUCCUGUUAUAUAACAGAUUAAAUAUACAUAUAACAAAAUUUCAUCAAAGCAGAAUGCCGAAACAUUGGGGAGCACUACAUACGAGCAGAAACAGGAGGAAGCUUGCAGCUUAUCAGUUUUGUGCGCACCAGCGGAAGAAAGCAACCGGGAGAAUGUAAGUGGAACUACUAGGACAGAUUUGUUUAUUAAUAUUCCAUCAUUAAAUUAUAUUUACUUGUUAUGCAGGACAAGGAAUCUAAUAGUGAAUCCUUCAAACAUGAUUUUGGAAUGAUGUGCUCGAGUCUGGGGACAGAAGCUAAGGAAUCCAGGGAUGAACAACCAAAUCUAUCAACUGUCACAGAAGUGAGUAACGAGUUUGAUGAAAUGACAGCUUUCACAAGGUGAGAUAAGAAUAAAAAAAAUUGUAUUUCACAACUUCCUUUUAUUUUUUUCCCCAUUUUCACAAUAAUAAGGUAUUUUCCUACGCAUAAUAGUUUAAAGAUGCCCUCAAGAAGCCAGUCAAUCAGAAGUGAGUUAAUGAUUGUUUACACCGAGCAAAUAGGAGACAAGAAAGAUCUGGAUGAAACCACACAUAGGGAAGCUCAUGAAGGAUCAAACGAAGAAGCCAAGGUUGUGCAAGCAAGUGAAGAACUCAAGAAAACAUGUCCUGCUUUAACUGAAGGGUCUAUUCGUGAAGAUAAUACAACAACUGAAGAAAAAAGAAACUUUCCAAUGGAAGUAAAAAGCAGUGCAUCACAGUUAACUGAAGAACAGCCAGCCAAAACCCAUUUUCCAUGUUCAGAGGUAACUGAUAUCAACGGUAUCACAUGUAUAAAAGAUGAGCCUGUUUACAAAGUUGACCACUCUUCUUCAUCAGUAGAAUGGGAAUUGGGAGCAAUAUCAGAUAAUAGUGAUGAGCAUCAAUUGGAAGCCACAAUCGUUGGGUUUAAAUCACAGAGUCUUGGGAUAGCAGAUGCUCCUCCCACACUAGUACCAGUGGAAGAAAAACUCAUGACGGAAGAAAGGCAAGAGGUGAAGCCAAUAAGAGAUGAGAAUGAUAAACUUCCCGAAAUUGAUACAUCACAAAGGGAAGAAAACAAACAGAUUGGCAUUAGCCAUUUGCCUGUGUCACAGCUACUGACAGACAGAAUACUGAGAGAAGAAGGUGACAAGCAAUGCAUUGUCAUCAAAGAAGAUGACGCCAAAGAUUGUUUUGGAGGAGCGGAUAAUACAAGACAGCAGGAGAACUCAGACCUUUCAUCAGACAAACAAGAAAAGACAGAAGAAUGUACGUCACAAAAUCCAAUUGAAGUUUCCAAUGAUGUUACAUUGAUACUGGAAGAUCAGAGCAGUGACAAACAAAACAGUCCAAACAACAGUGAUGAAGAAAAGCUCAACAGAACUGAUAUAGUCUUGCCCGUGCCAGAAAUGUUGAUCAACAAUGCCAAAAAGGAAGGUUUGAUGGCUGAGAUAAGCCAUGAAUUACCCCAAGACGAGAAGAAGAGUGCAGCAGUAGAAAAAAGUAAAACAAAAUGUGAAAAGAAAAAUGGUGAGAUCGUAAGUCCUGAUCCAAUGACCAACGAAAAGAAUGAUGAAGCUGAAGCAACAGAAAAAAGGGAAUCCUUCAAUGCUAAUCAGGACCUACACGAAAGUCCAGAGACCCUAUUGCUUGCUGAAACUCCAAACAAUAAGAUAUUGCAAGAGGAAGGAAGGCAGGAAUUUGAGGAAACAAAAGAAAGCCAUCCAAAUAUUGAAAUGCUCGAAAAAGCUAUGACUGUGGAUAUUUCAUCAGAAAUGAUUGUCAUUGAAACAAAGAAAUCCCAAGGGAGUGGCGAAUCUCUCUUGAGUAUCCAGCAUCCUACACAGAGAUCAAUACGCCCAGUUAUAGAAGUCAACCAGAUACCAGAAGAAGCUUCAGAAUCAACCCAAGAAGGAAAAGUAAGGAUUCAGGCAGAUGAUAAAAAGGGAAGAAUUACUGAUGAACAUAUCACCAGAGAAAUCCCAGUUGAGGAAGUAAAAGAAUUAACUUCAGACAAGUUUUAUCUAUUGAAUUUCCAAACUGGGUCUACAGACGAAGGUAUUUAUAUGCCAGAAAAUACUACGGAAGAAAAAAAUCUCCCAAUCAGCAAAGAUGAAUCAAGUAAAGAUGUAAUAGAUGUGCAAAUUGAAGAGAAGAAAUCUGAUGAAGAAGAAGAGAGGAAUGAAGAAGACCAUAAUGCAGACAAAUCAGUCACUGAGGUUUCUGCGACAAUUGAGAUGACAGAAGGAGAACCAAAGCCAGCGCAUAAGAAAUCUCACAAUAUAUUAUCAGGUGUUAAAUCAAAAGUCAAACACUCAAUUGCAAAAGUGAAGAAGGUCAUCACAGGAAAGCCUUCCCAAUCAAAGACAAUGGCUGCAAAGUAACACGUUUAAGCAGUCAGAGUAUGACUGUAUCGGUAUAUUGUUUGUAUCUAUGACUUUGUAAUAUGUGAAGGCUGCAAUAGUGCUUUCCAUAUACCCUCAACAGUACCUGCUUGUUCUUUUCGGUAUUGA